AUGAAGGUGCUACCAUGCUCGACGCUGACCCUGCUCCUCUUGAUUCUGGGGAUCGCGUAUGCCAUACCACCGCUGUCAGGCACCUCACCGCCUAGAACCGCUGCCAACAGUAAACACCCAGCCGCCUUGAGCGCCACACCGUCUCAGCCCGCUGCUAAGCUUGCGACCGGCUCUUCCACACUGCCUGAGGAGGUCGAAUCCGAACGUUCCGAGCUGCCGAGCAGCCUGACCGCGCUUCGCGUCAGCUUUGCGCGCCGCUACCACGAUUUGCACAGCGCACAGGUCGCGCGGCAGUCGGAGAUCCACCAGCAGCACCCUCUCGAGCGCCAACUCCGGCAGAAGGACAUGGAGAUGCACUUUCUCAAGCUGACCCACCCGGAACACUGGGAGGCGCAGAGGGAGCACUUGACCGCGAUCAACGCGCUUCGGCGCGCGGGCUACCGGUUCGGACCGCAGAGCGACCCCGGUCUGCACGUGCCCCUGGGCACCCCUUGGGACUUCCUGCAUUAUGGACCCUACCCUGCUUCGAGGCUGGCGGAGUUGGAGAGUAGAGAUCUACUGAAGGUCGGCAACGAGUUGCGGUGGGAGCUCGAAAAUGCUGUUAAGGCUCUGGAUGGCCAAUCGUACGUGGACAGCAUGGGGCGAGCAACGGAGGAGCCCCAGUUGGUGUAUACCGACGACCCGGACUUGCUGCACACGGCGACGGAGUACUUUUCGCAAAAGCUGCAAAGUGCACUGCAGAGGAAGCCAAGGUUUUGA